AUGCCAGCAGAGCGCAAGAAACGAGCGAAACGAGCUGCAACAGCCUCGUCCACGCCAGAGACAUCCAGGAGCAUAGCCGCCAAGAGAAGGCCGCCAUACCCCCUGCCGUCUCUCGACCUCCCUCCUACGGACGAACCAACAAUCAUCAUUAAAGUCCUACCACACCCAAUAAUUGGGAGAGGGAUCGGUAGAGGACUCACCUGGACGGCGGACGAACGCCCGGCGGAGCAGCUCAAAAAAGGAAAGAGCAUCAAACUCUGCACGACGACCCAAACGUCCGGAUUAGGACGGCUUUCGGCCAUCUCCGAUCUCCGCAGACAUUGGGUCACUUUCGCUGUGGCGGGCGCCGCCCAGCCGUGCAAUCUACGUGUGCCGAUCCCAUGGGCGGCCCUCGGAGACCUGGAAGGCUUCACCCAUCAAUAUCACUACUUCAGUCUCCCAUCCCUUCCACCGCCCCACCACACCUUCACCAACCGUCCCGCCUUCCAAAACGAUAGCGAGAACCCUUACGAGUUCGACAUCGAGGAAGACGAAAUCCCCUCCCUUGCGAACAGAAUCGCGAACAUCAUCAAUGCGUAG